AUGUUCGCCGUUCCGGGUUGGUCCGUGUCGAGCUCUGCGCUCAAACAGCAGACUCAGCAGGCUGCGCAGUCGCAAAACCAGGGCCAGCAGGCCAAUUCUACCUCCAAGCCCAACGAUAGAUCCAAAAAGCGCAAGCGUGAUGAUCGUGUCACCAAAUCGAAUGUCGAUGAGAUGUAUCGGCGCCACAUUGAGGGACAUAAGGGUCCCGCGCCGAAAGGUCAGAAGCAGGGCCCUGCGAAAGCCGACAAGAAACGCAAGCAGGAGCAGAAGUCGCAAGGCCAGAACACUCAGAUUCCUCCGAAGCAACAGGACAACAGCAAUACCCCCCAGAAGAAUAAAGACGCUGAGGAUCAGUCCAAUGAUCUAGACAGUGCAGAGAAGCCGAGCAAAAAGCAAAAGAAGAACAAGAACAAGAAGCAGCAAAAACAGGAGCAACCGUCGGAGGAAUCUCCCAAAGAAUCCCCUGCCUCAACGGCCGCCGAUUCCUUACCUGCAGCCCCACCGAAGACGCAGGCAAUUCUCACCCCUCUUCAGCAGGCCAUGCGGCAGAAACUGAUCUCCUCCCGUUUCCGCCAUCUGAAUGAGACCCUUUACACCACUCCCUCCGAGAAGGCUCUCGAGCUAUUCACCGCCAACCCUGAGUUGUUUGAUGAAUACCAUGCGGGAUUUUCACGCCAGGUGAAGGAAUCAUGGCCGUCCAACCCGGUUGAUGGAUAUAUCGCUACCAUUCGUGCUCGUGGGAAGGUGAUGGUGAAGAAGGGAUCUAAGCCGGAUAGGAGCCGAACUCAGCCCCUUCCACGGAGACCUAACGGGACCUGCACGAUCGCUGACUUGGGCUGCGGAGAUGCGCAACUUGCCCGUGCACUGCUCCCUUCCGCACAAAAGUUGAACGCGAAGUUUCUCAGCUACGAUCUGCAUGCCCCGAAGGACUCGCCUAUCACCAAGGCAGAUAUCUCCAACCUCCCUGCGGAUGAUGGCUCUGUGGAUGUGGCCAUUUUCUGUUUGAGUCUGAUGGGCACUAACUGGGUGUCUUUUGUGGAGGAAGCCUGGCGGGUCCUUCGCAGCGAUGGAAAGGGCGAAUGCUGGGUGAGCGAGGUCAAGAGCCGCUUUGGCAAGGUCGCGCGCAAGAAAGCCCAAAUUGGCGCUCGGAAACCUCUUACCAAAGCCGAGAAGAAGAAGCUGAAGAAAAAGCAAGCCGGGGAGGACGACGCUGGCUCUGAUUUGGAUGACGACGAGGUUUAUGCUGAAGAUGCUCGCCCAUCCAACGAUGACGAGACGGACAUCUCGGCCUUUGUCGAGGUGUUCCGCACCCGCGGCUUUGCCCUCAAACCUGAAUCGGUGGAUAAGUCGAAUAAAAUGUUUGUCAAGAUGGAGUUUGUGAAGCAGGGCGGCGCUCCGCAAAAGGGCAAAUAUGCCUCCGUCGUGCCUGCGGGUGCCGGUCCUGGUAAGAAGCGGUUCAUCGAGAAGCCUGUGGAUCCCAACAACACCAUGACUCCGGAGGAAGAAGCGGCUGUUCUUAAGCCCUGUGUCUAUAAAAUUCGUUUAGUCAUGUUCACUGUAUUGCAUAUCAUCGGGCAACAGUUCUACCAGUAA